ACCCGCUCCGCCCUGCUCUCCCUCCCGCGAGUCGCCCGCCAUGUCUCGCGAGUCGCGCGCGCCGCGCAUCAAGAACCGCGCGCCGGCGCCGGUGCAGAUCUCCGCCGAGCAGCUGCUGCGCGAGGCUCAGGAGCGCCAGGAGGCGCCUGUGUCGCGCCCCAAGCAGCGCAUCGAGGACCACGAGGAGCUCGAGGAGUACCGCGGCCGCAAGCGCGGCGAGUUCGAGACGGAGAUCCGGCGGACGCGCAUCAACAUCGCCGCAUGGAUCAAGUACGCAGCAUGGGAGGCUUCGCAGGGCGAGCUGCCGCGCUCGCGCAGCGUGUUUGAGCGUGCGCUCGAUGUGGACCCGCACCACGUGCCGCUCUGGCUGCGCUACGUCGAGAUGGAGCUCAAGGCGCGCAACAUUCAGCAUGCGCGCAACCUGCUCGACCGCGCCGUGAGCAUCCUGCCGCGCAUCGACUCGCUGUGGUACAAGUACGUGCAUCUCGAGGAGCUGCUCGGCAACGUCGGCGGCGCGCGCCAGGUGUUCGAGCGCUGGAUGAGCUGGGAGCCGGAUGAGAAGGCGUGGAACGCGUACAUCGGUCUCGAGGUGCGGUACAAGGAGAUGAAGCGCGCCAGCGAUGUGUGGGAGCGCUGCGUCUCGUGCCAUCCCGAGCCGAAGCUCUGGAUCCGCUGGGCCAAGUUCGAGGAGGACCGCGGCGCCAUGGACCGGGCGCGGCAGGUCUUCACCAUGGCGCUCGAGUACUUUGGCGAGGAGGAGGACAAGAUGGAGAAGGCGCAGAGCGUCUACACUGCGUUUGCGAAGAUGGAGACGCGCGCCAAGGAGCUCGACCGCGCCCGGGUCAUCUACAAGUACGCCCUCGAGCGCCUGCCGCGGACAAAGUCGGUCGGCAUCUACGCCAGCUACACGCGCUUCGAGAAGCAGUUUGGCUCGCGCGAGGGCGUCGAGGACACGGUGCUGGGCAAGCGGCGCAUUCAGUACGAGGAGGAGCUGACGAGCGGUGCCGGCGCCCAGUCGCACUACGACACGUGGUUCGACUACACGCGGCUGGAGGAGGACGCAUACCGCUCGCUGGUGUCCACCGGCGGCGCGCUGGACUCGCCCGAGGUCAGCACGGCCCGGGCGCGCGUGCGGGAUGUGUACGAGCGCGCCGUCGCCAACGUGCCGCCAAGCACAGAGAAGCGGCAUUGGCGGCGCUACAUCUUCCUCUGGCUCUGCUACGCGCUCUUCGAGGAGGUCGAGACGCUCGACUACGAGCGCACGCGCGAGGUGUACAAGGCGGCCAUUGCUCUCGUGCCGCACCGGACAUUCACGUUCGCCAAGCUCUGGCUGAACUACGCGCACUUCGAGGUGCGUCGGCUAGACCUCAAUGCGGCGCGCAAGAUCCUCGGCGCGAGCAUCGGCAUGGCGCCGAAGGAGCGUCUCUUCCGCGGCUACGUCGAGCUCGAGCUAAGCCUAAAGGAGUUCGACCGUGCUCGUCGCAUCUACGAGCGCGCCAUCGAGUGGGACGCGAGCAACUCGCGCACCUGGAUCCGCUUCGCAGAGCUCGAGCGCAACCUCUUCGACAUUGAGCGCGCACGCGCCAUCUUCGACCUGGCCACACGGCAGAGCUCCGGCAUGGACAUGCCGGAGGUGCUCUGGAAGGCCUACAUCGACUUUGAGUUCGACGAGCGCGAGUGGGAGAACGUGCGCGAGCUCUUCGAGCGGCUCCUCGAGCGCACUGGCCACGUCAAGGUCUGGAUCUCCUACGCGCUGUCGCAGAUCGGCUCUGCGAUUGCCGAGGAGGAGGACGAGGACGAAGGCGACGAGGACGAGGAAGAGGAGGAGGAGACGGAGAAGGCGCCGCGCGUGCUCACAGAGGAACAGCUCGAGGCGCGGGCAGAGCGGCGAGCCGCAGCCAAGGAGCGCACACGCGAGAUCUUCAGCCGCGGGUACAAGGAUCUCAAGCUCAAGGGCCUCAAAGAAGAGCGCGUGUUGCUGCUCGAGUCGUGGAAGGCCUUCGAGGCAGAGCACGGCGCCACCGCAGAGGAGCUGGCCGAGGGCGCAGGCGCGAACGCCAACCUCAAGAAAGUCGAGGCCAUGUUCCCGCGUGUCGUCAAGAAGCGGCGAGACACCGAGGACGGCGGACAGGAGGAGUACUACGACUUCCUCUGGCCGGACUCGGACGAGGGCAAGGGCAAGCCGUCGUUCAAGCUACUCGCGAUGGCCCACGCAUGGCGCGCCCAACAGGCUGCUGCUGCGGCGCAGGGCGAGGCUGCGCCGGCGCCGCCAGUGGUCCUCCAGGAGCAGGCUGCCGAGGAGGGCGCCGCGCCGGCAGAGGCCACAAAUGGCUCUUCAGGCGAGGCCAUGGAUGUGCGGGACGACGCUGGCAGUCCAGCAGACGAGGGGCCGCAGGACGACAGCGGCAGCGAGGCAGACCAAUGAGACUCUGGCUUCGCCCGAGCACAUCAGAAC